UAAACGACACAUAACUUUGGUCUCAAAACUCUUUAUAUAAUCCCCUAAUUUCACUGCCAUUCUUACUUAACCAUAUUUUCAACUCUUUCUAUCUCCUUCUCUCACGCAUAAAAGUAUAACACAGAAGAAAGAUCACAGAACAGUUACGUUAUUUCUGAUUUCCGAGAUGGAGAGGAGUUUAUCAGAAAACGGGUCAUCGGGAACAUAUGGAAGCAGUGAAGAGGAGAUGUCAAUAACGAAAGGUCCAUGGACAGAGGAAGAAGAUUCAGUUCUCUUCGAUUACAUCACAGUUCACGGUGAAGGUCACUGGAACUCUGUCGCUCGCUACACAGGUCUCAAACGAACGGGCAAAAGCUGCAGACUAAGAUGGUUGAACUACUUGCGUCCCAACGUUCGACGCGGGAACAUAACGCUCCAAGAACAGCUCAUGAUUCUUGACCUCCAUUCCCGAUGGGGCAAUAGGUGGUCGAAAAUAGCGGAACAUUUACCGGGAAGAACAGACAACGAGAUUAAGAACUACUGGAGAACGAGAGUGGUAAAGCAGGCUAAGCAACUGAAAUGUGACGUGAACAGCAAACAAUUCAGAGACACGUUGCGUUUUGAGUGGAUGCCACGUAUGCUGGAGCGGAUUCAGGCACAGGCCUCAUCAUCAUCAUCAGGCCAAGCCCAAACCGCUUUAAUCUCCAACGUUAAAGCCCACAGCGACCCUUGUGGUGGAGCCACCGCCACCGCCACUGCCAGUAACGCGGGUUUGGUGUCAGAGGCUUCAUCGGCGGUUGAAGUCCACGCCCCCUCUCUCUCUGACUCCGGCGCGUCUUAUAGUUUAGUGGGUGGUGGAAGUUGGUGUUCUUAUGGUGCAGAAGAAGGUUAUAGCAGGGUAUGGGAAGAGAGAAAUUAUGGGUACUCGGAGAUAACAGGAAAUGGUUUCGGUGGCGUUGAUUUGUGGACGGAGGAGAAUAUUUGCUUCUUGCAGCAACAGCUCGCUGAUGAUUUCUGACGCAUUAACACUUCCAUUAAAGAACUUGCGAAGCUCCUCGUAAUUCAUCAACUGUAACAAUCGUGAAACAUGUUUUUUCAAGUUAAGUUAUUCUAAUUUUAUUCUAAUUGAAAAUAAAUAAUAACAAUUAGAAUAAGUUUUAAAAUAGAUAAUAACACAUUGACUCCUUAAGUUGUUAUUAUUUAUUUUAAAAUUUCAAAAAGUUGGAACAAUAGUGAGAGUGUGUACCAUGAGAGAUUUGAAUGUAUGUUUAAUAUAUGGUUAAAUAUGUUUUUGGUAUCUUAACUUUUU